GUUCGGUUCACGCUCCCAGUCUGCGUCCCUUUAUGGUUUGACAGUGGGAAAAAAAAGUUUUUCAAGUCAGUCGGUUAAAAUUCAUUGUUGCCUGUCCAGCCAAUCAUAGUUUUUGACGACACAAAAGAGGCUAAAAGUUGGAGUAUAAAAAGGUGUGCGCUAAUAAAGUAUGAUGCCUAUCAGAGUGCGACAUUAAUCCAAACGCAGCGCACACACGCACCGGGGGAUCUGUUUCAUUUGUUUCUUCCCUGAACCAAAGCUCCCAGCAGACACAAUGCACCCGUCUCACUUCGCGCUCUAUCUCACUUUACUGGUGGCUGUGGGUCCAGUGGUUCUGAGUGAGCAGGAGACGCACCAUCAGCAGCCCUCCGCCAGCAGCCCGGAGGACGCGGAGCCGUGCGCCACCUGCGACGUCCGGCAGCAGAUAAAAACCAUGCGGCUGAACGCCAUCAAAUCCCAGAUCCUGAGCAAGCUGCGGAUGAAGGAAGCUCCGAACAUCAGCCGGGACAUCGUGAAGCAGCUCCUGCCCAAAGCGCCGCCGCUGCAGCAGCUCCUCGACCAGUACGACGUGCUGGGAGAUGACAACAGGGAUGUGGUCAUGGAGGAGGAUGAUGAGCACGCCAUCACGGAGACAAUCAUGAUGAUGGCCAUUGAACCCGAGCCCAUCGUCCAAGUGGAUGCGGAGCCCAAGUGCUGCUUUUUCUCUUUCACCCAAAAGUUCCAAGCCACCCGCAUCGUGCGGGCGCAGCUCUGGGUGCACUUGCGAGCGGCGGACGAGGCGACCACCGUGUUCCUGCAGAUCUCCCGCCUCAUGCCGGUCACGGACGGGAACCGGCACAUACGGAUCCGGUCCCUGAAGAUCGACGUGAACGCCGGGGUCAGCUCCUGGCAAAGUAUAGACGUCAAACAAGUGUUGAGCGUGUGGCUGCGGCAGCCGGAGACCAACUGGGGCAUCGAGAUUAACGCCUUCGAUUCGAGGGGGAACGACUUGGCCGUGACCUCCGCGGAGCCCGGAGAGGAAGGACUGAAACCGUUCAUGGAGGUGAAGGUCUCCGAGGGCCCGAGGCGAGUCCGGAGAGACGCCGGCCUGGACUGUGACGAGAACUCCCCGGAGACCCGGUGCUGCCGCUAUCCGCUCACUGUGGACUUUGAAGACUUUGGCUGGGACUGGAUUAUUGCCCCGAAGCGCUACAAGGCCAACUAUUGCUCUGGGGAGUGUGAGUACAUGCACUUGCAGAAGUAUCCCCACACCCACCUGGUGAACAAGGCCAACCCCAGAGGGACCGCGGGCCCCUGCUGCACCCCCACCAAGAUGUCGCCCAUCAACAUGCUCUACUUUAACCGCAAAGAGCAGAUCAUCUACGGCAAGAUCCCCUCCAUGGUGGUGGACCGCUGUGGAUGCUCUUGAGUUGGGACGGAGAGCAUCGGGAGGACGGGGUGAUGGUGGUGGGGGGGGCGCAGUGGCUCACCCCGGCCUCCACCUUCAGACUUGUUGACACAACCAAUCCACCAGUUCCAAUGCUUUCCUCCAGAACAUGGUGCAAUAGAACCAGAGUAGAGGCCACAAACAGCCCGACCUUCCUGCAGGGCAGCGCUUUCACAACCGGCAUAGCUCCUUUUCUUUCUACCUGUGAAAUCUUAGCCAUAGAGGCUUGAAGUCAGAACAAUACAGGAACACACAGAAACACGUACGCACACACAUGCUGCGCGUCGGAACGAACGUAGACAGAAACGAUCAAAGCUAUUCAGAAAAAAAAACAACAACUGUUCUCUCCAUUUAUACAAACGUGCUGACAGAUUAUACUCACACUACUCCACUCCACUCAUAGCCAACAUACAAGCUCAUACACGUUUUCGCUAUAUGCUGUUUGUGAUCAUUUUUUCUCGAGUUGUGUUUUCAGAGUGAAAACCGAGAAUCCUCAAGGACUUUUUGAAGAGAGGGGCUUGGAAAACCAAACUGGAGGUUCAGAGCAGUGUCUCACUCUGGGAGAACACGGUUGAGUCCACGUAGGUUCGUAGGAGUUGAAUAAAAAAAAAUAAAAAAAACGUACUUACAACAUUUGGAAAAUUAAGACACACGACAUUUUUUUUUUCCUUUUCUGUACUGGCCUUGAACUAAUUCAUUCUAUGUUCUGAUCGCUAACGCACGGAGCUGUGUGUGACGUGGAGGUGUCGAUCACUCCUGAGAUCCUAUAUACGGACACAAAAAAUGUUCCAGACACACAAACCCAACCAAGAAGCAUUCUCUCUCUCUCUCUCUCUCUCAGUCACAAUCACUUUCCAACCGCAGAGCCAGACCUGCCCAAUACACUUGAAUGAUUCUGAUUGUAAAUUCACAUGACUGGACAGAAGGACUUGAACUGAAGGCACAAGGAAUGCAGCCUACAAAUGAAAAUGUGUUUAAGACAGAGAAACUGGGUUGUUCGGAUGUAUGAAUGUUGAGAUCAUGCUUAAAACUCUGUCUUACAUCAACACAGUUUGCACUAUGGCACACCAAUAGAAAAAAUUGGUUGCUACAAAAGUUGUAAAAUUGAUUUUGAUAUAUUUGCUUAUUUGUAUUGUAUACAUAUGCCAUUGUUUCCAGUAGGAGUUGCCUUUCUAAACCACUGUUGGUAAAAUGUACGAAAACCACAAUCCAUCAGAAAAUGUAAUACAGCAACUCUAUAUACUUGUUUUAACAAAUAAAGUUUCUAGCUUGUUUGUUGA